CAAAAGAUUGCAGCGUUUACAAUCUCUCCCCACCCAUCUGCAAGCUUGAGGCCACACAGACUGGAUAGAUACGGCCACCUUGGCCUCUCCCUACCACCCUACCUCAUAAGCCAUGAUCCCCUUCCUGCACCUCUGUUACCAAUCAUCCAUUGCCUGAAACACCAAAGAUCUUCAUUUCCAAGCCAUAACCAGACUCCACCCUCCCUAAAUUCAUGUGUUUCUCAGAUAUAUUUCCAAAACAAGUGGGAGAGUUAGUGGAGGUUCCUCUGGCCUAACCACCCCUUCUCAUAAGGUGCCCCUAUGCCAAAUCACUCAGUUUUCUGAGGACAGGUGACCAUACAGUUGUGAAGGAGAGAGCCGAGCCAUCAGGCUGGUAUAGGGAGUGGAGAGUGAAGACAGACUAGGAAAUAGACACUGCUUGUGGCACCUUCAGUCCCAGGCUCAAAACACCCUCAUCUACAGACUGAAUCACCACAUGAGCUUCCCUACUACAGGUGCCUUAUGAAAUAGGAGGGCUUUGUGAUGCAGUCUGGUGGCCUAGUUCCAUCCUCUGUGAGGUGGACAUGACAAGGCCUAGCACUGGGAGUCAUUAGGCACCAGAACUCUGAAUGCCCAGAUAUAGGGAUGGCUGAUCUCAUGCUAAUGAGGUUUAGACCAUGUUGAGUCCUACUUUUGUUCUGUGGGAUGUUGGAUAUCCCUUAUACACCUAUGGCUCCAUCUUCAUCAUUAUUCUAAUCAUCUGGCAAGUGAAAAGGAGCCACCAUGAAUUGAACUUGGAAGCUAAAAGGAGCUGCUGCCGGCGUCACCAAAAAGUCAGGCAAAGAGCUAGAGAUGCAGCAUCAACAGCUAGGAGACUUUCUCAGGAAGAAGCUGAGAAGCCACAAGAGCUGCUCUCUGUCAUGAAAAGCCUGGGCUGGCUUCCCCCGGAGGGAAGUCUGCGGCGAAUCCUAUGUACAGAUCUCUGUUGCCAAAUCUGCAAUGCCAUGGCUCUGGAGAUUCAGCAAUUGCUGGUGGGUGAGAAUGACCAGAUCUCCCCAACUUUAUCGAGGAGUCCAUCACAAGUCUCCUCUUGCCUAGAGAUCUUGUCUGUGUCUAGUGUAUCCUUUGAGCAGAGUCUAGAGCUCCAUUCUAGAAACACCAGAGAACUUUCACUGGCAUCUGUAACCCCAACACUGUCACAAUUAACAGAUGAGGAAUCUUUAACCCAGUCAGCUGCCCAGUCAACGUAUGCAGAUGGCAUACAAGAUUACUGGGCUGAUCACCUCCAGCUAGGGCAGGAAUUUCAAGUGCCAGAUGUACUCACAGGCCCAAAUACCACAGCUUCUUCAAGGCUUGAGGAGCCAAGGGUUCCACUGAACCAGGAGGAGAUGAUGCAGAGCAACCCCAGCUUUGUCCAGGGGAACCAAGGCCAGCAUCACUUGAAUUCCCAGGUCUCCUUGCUGUCCCUGAACCCAGAAACCCUGAACCCAACGCAUCCGAUGGCCUUGCAUAUGGUCCUCCCUGCCCACCUGCCAUUUCUCAGUCCUGAAGUGCUGAGGCUUCUUGAGGUACAUGUUAAAAAAUGGAUGCAUUUCCAGAGGUGGGGGCUCCCCAGACGUGUGGAGGAGUCCCUGAGGCAGCUUAUGCCAAACCCACCAUUGUAUUACCAACCUGGAAAUGACCAGCCAGUUUCUUUCAACCUGAAUAAUACUUCUCAGGUCUCUCUUCAUAGAUUUCAGACCAUUUCCCUACAGACCUGGUAUUCAUGUGUGUCUGGCCAGCCCAUCCAGACCUUCUGGGUUUCUGAAUGGUCCACCAUGAACCCAGAACAAAGACACCACUGUCAGCAAAGCCCAAACCCUAUGGCUCUAGCCUUGCCCUCUCCAGCCCUUAAAGCCCUACGUGACCCCCAUCUACUGUCUGGGGGACAAGAUAAUGACUCAGGGAGUGAUCUCCAGCAGAAAUACAGCCAGCUAUUCUGUGGGCUCCCUUCUCUGCACAGUGAGUCCCUGGUUGCCACUUUCAUGGGCUCUCAAGGCCUCCCCAAGAAUGAAAAUGUGCCCAAGCCCCCUUUGAAGGAUGCUUUUCUCUUCAACAAACUCUCCCUCCCCCAACUGCUCCCUAAAACUUCAUCCCAGUCAGCCCCAUGCUCUUCCCCACUUUCCCCAAAUUGGGUGUCUCCAUCUGACCAUCAACAAGCUCAGAUCAAUGUCCCAUUUCUGACUUUGGCCGAGUGUGAAGCCUUGGAGUGGCAUCUGCUACAGAGGCAACUCCAGCUUCAGUGGGGCUGGCCAACUGCCCUCCAGAGGUCUCAGCACACCCAGUGCCUCAUGCAGCAUGAGCCCUGUGGCAAAGCUCAGUCUCCUGAGACCAUGACAACUUCCCAGCCAGGGAAGUCCAUCUCAGUGCUCACCAGAGAGCUACUCUUCUUCCCGGAGCAUGCCCGGAAGCUGCUGGAAUUCCAUAUCCAGAAACAGUUGAUUCACCAUCGCUGGGGCCUGCCUCAGAAGAUCCAGCAGUCCAUCCAGCUGCUCCUUACCUCCACUAACCAACAGACUGUGUCCUACAGCAGCCCAGCCCUAGCCAAUGUGAGCAUCCCCAAGCCUGUAGCCCUAGAGGCCAAAGGGGCUUGUGCUGUGCUGUCACCCACUGUGGCCUCAGUGUCCAUCCCCAUGCCACACUUGUUAACCCAGGCCAAGGCAAUAUUGCAGAACCACAUGGACUCCAAAUGUGGACAGAUCCACCAGGGCAAGAUCCCUGCCUGUGUACAUAGGUCCUGGAAAUGCAGAAUUUCUGGGGUCCUGGCAGUGGCUCCUUUACCCUGCAUUCCAGAAAACCAGCUUCUGGAACUGCAGGCAGCAAGUGACCCAGACCUACAUCACAAAGUUAUGCCCUGGAUGCCAACAGCCCUUGAUCAGCAGCAACAGGUCUUACCAGGUACUGUCACUCAACACCCUAAGCUGCUCCGAGUCUUGUCCGUGGAAGCCAUUGAGAAACUGGAGACAACUUUACAGCACAAGUAUCUGGCCUUCCUGUCCGGGCUCCCUGCUCUGUAUUAUGUGGCGCUCUCCAGGGCCCUGGCCCCGGCAGUCACUAGCCAAUCUGUCAUCACAGAGAUGGUGCCUGCGCUUAUGGAAAUCCCAGCAGAGCCUCUGACUCAGAUGGUUUCAUUUGAAGAACAGCGUAUAAGCCUUGGGCCAUGCCCUCAAGGCAACAAUGAGACUUGUACAGAUGUUGCAAAAGAAUUCCAGUCUGCGGUGUCAGUAAAAGGAACAAUGGAGAUGCUGCCUCUAGAAAGCCAGACACAUCCUGCUAACCCCCACUCACUCCAGACACAUAUCUUGACCAAACUAAACUUCCACCUGAGAAAAAAGGUCCUAGAGAUACAAUGGGGAAUUCCCAUUAAGGCAAGGGAGUCCAGGGAACAAACUGCUACAGCACCAGAGAACAUAUCCACAAAGAAGUCUCUUGAAAGUCUAAACCACCAAGGGGAGGCAUUGCUCCAAGAACUGCCCAUCCCACCAGACACUCUUCCUGCCCCUAAUCCAGAAGGGGUUCACCUUAAAGAACAGCUGGCCAAUGACUUGAAGGCAGUGCAGCAGAACCAAAGGCAAUCUGGUUCCAAAGCAGUACUCAAGGAUUCUGCCCACUGGGUCUCCAAGAUCUCACAACCCAGUGGGGACAUGACAGAGACCCACAUGCUUUGUGUUCAGGUGGAGGCCAGUGUGAACAAGCCCAGCAUGGAGGAACCCUGGGGCCCUGAGCCCCAAAGCCCUGGCAAGAGCAAAGACCCAGCCUGUGUCCCCAUGCUAGCAGGAAAGAGAGAGGACCCAGAGGAAACCAAAGCAGCCAGGGACCAUGGAGAAGGGGAUACGGGGUUUGGGCACUCCUCUACCAGAGAAGAGAGACCCCCUGCUGAAGACCAGAGGCCAGCAGGGAGGCUUCCAAACCAGACACCCCGAGGCUUCUGGCGAUGGAGCCGUAGCUUUCAUCUUGCUGAUCCCUGUCAACACAGCUCCCAGCAUCACCCUCAGUUUAAGCUCCCACAGCUACCUCCACGAGUCCCUGGGGAGAAAGAAUCUGACAAUGACCUUCAAGACAAUCAAACCGAGCUAAAUGUCAUCCUUGAACCAGAGAUAAUUCCUGAGAAUGCCCAGACUGUGGUGCCCCAGGCUUCACAGGGUCAGCCUCUCCUGAGGCAACCAACUCAGGGUAAGCCUUUUCUGGGCCAAACUUUGCAAGGCCAGGUUUUGCAUGGGCAGGUGAUGCCAGCCCAUACACAAAUGAAGCCCAGCCUUCCAGAGUCUAGCUUGAGAAAUAAAAUUAAAUCUUUUCUGCAGCAUAUUAACCCCAAGACAAAAGGCAAAGGGCAUGAGGACUCCAUGUUCUCAGCUGCUGCGAAGGUGGCCAAAACCAGAAAAGAAAAUGUUGCAAAGAGCCUGGCUCCAGCCAAGAGUGCUGUGGGAAGAAGUAAGACAGAGAAGCUGACAGGGUACUCCAAGGCCCAAUCUUGUCCUUCUGAGAAGCUGGUGGGCCCAGCUUUCUUGGAUGGUCCCCAGUCCCUAGACAACAAGCCGUGGCUACACUCCAGACAAGCUGGCUCUGCCUCAGCCCCGGGCCACCUCCGCCACUGCCCUCAUCACUGUCCUCGAGAGGCUUGUGCCACCCAACCAGGGCACCCACCCUAGCUCCUGACCCUCAGUUCAGAUAGAAACAUUGGUCUGCUCAAGGAGAACACACAGAACCAUGAAAAAGAGUUUAUAGGCUCCCCAGCUGCUGCAGCCCUCCAGAGGACCAGUACUGUCAUUUCCAUAAAUGUGCUGGUGGGGCAGGGUGCCACCAGAAAUACACUCUAUAUUUCUUAGCAAUACGUUGCCUGUCUGCUCCUUAUCUCCACUGUAUUGUGUUAAGGGAAGGUGUGAGGGAGGCUAAAAAGACCUUCCUGUCUAGGGAAGGAGCUUUAACCCACCAUUCAGAUGGUUCAUUUUAGAGGAGUGCCACAGUAUUCCCUCCUUGAGGAGAUGCUUUUGUGU